AUGUCUGAGCUGGAGAAGGCCAUGAUUGCCAUCAUUGAUGCCUUCCACCAGUACUCAGGGAAGGAGGGAGACAAGCACAAGCUGAAGAAAUCAGAACUGAAGGAGCUCAUCAACAACGAGUUGACCCAUUUCCUUGGUGAGAUCAAAGACCAGGAGACUGUGGACAAAGUCAUGGAGGCACUGGACAGCGAUGGGGAUGCAGAGUGUGACUUCCAGGAGUUUGUAGCCUUCAUUGCAAUGGUCACCGCUGCUUGCCAUGAGUUCUUUGAGCACGAGUGAGUUGACGGGAAGCAGGCGAGCACCUCCUGCUCAUGCUGGAGAGAUGCGGAGCAGCAGCGUUCCUCCGGGAAAAAGACGGUGUGAUUAGGGGUUCCUUGGAGUUCAGCUUGUGCUAGAGUUAAGCAGCUUAUUAAGUUCUGCGUCUU